AUGCCUUGCAUCGAAGAUCCUACACCUCAGUCCCUAAAAUUAUACUUUCCCAUGACCACAAAGGCCCGACUUCCCGCCCUUGAGCGACCCUUCCAUAACCAGCUCGCGAAACGAACGCGUGGAAAGCUCCGGUUCCUACGGCCCCAUACACCCGAGCUCGGUCCGGAGCAGCUGGACGCAGAGGGCCCGACCAUAGACACAGGCCGCAAGCUAGAGAGGCCCCCUCACCCCCACCCUCACCAUGUGACCAGCUGCCAAAGAGGCGCGCAGAAACUGGGAGGGCGGGGCGAACGCCGGACGUUCUGGGCACGUGACCGCCACCCAUGCGCUGAGGGGCGGCCAGGAGGCGCUUCGACUGGGAGGAGGGCGAAGAGUUCAACUCGUGUGCACACUCCCCUUCCUUGGCCACUCCCCUUCCUCCACCCUCCUCGGGCUCCCACACUUGCCCCCGCCCCAGGGGACACCUGCUCGUGCGGGGCAGGGCGGGGAUGCGCAGCCGCGGCCCCUUCUCCUCUCCCCCUCCCCGCCCCGCCCCUCCCUCCAUCCUUCACCCGCUCCCCGGCGCCCGCCCCGCCCGCCCGCCACUCCGGGGGGGUCUCCGCCGCCGCCGCCGCCGGAAGGAGCCGCCAUUUGCCACCGCCGAGCGCACGGGCCGAGCCAAGCCUGAUCCCGGAGCCGGAGGGGGACUGGGACCGAGAGAACGGCGAUGGGGGGCGGCCCCGCCGCAGGAGGACCCGGGCGCGUAACCCCGGGGGCCCGGCCCGCUCCAGACCCAGACCCGCGGGGUGCGGCACCCUGAGCCCCCCUCCCCGCCCCCUGCCCUGGCCAUGGCCGCCCACCCCGCCGCCCCCGGGCCGCCAGCCCGCUCGGCCCCGCAAGCACCGGAGCCCCGGCGGUGGCAGCAGUGAACGGCUGUCGCAGGCCCCGAAGACCCCGGCCCGGCUCGGCUCUCUAGCGCGCGCCCCCUUCCCGGCCUUGUCCUCUCCCCUCCCCCCGCCGCUAGCGAGCCCCCCUUGCACGCUGCCCCCCGCCCCCGGUGUCCGGACGAUGCUCAAGUCUCGGCUCCGCAUGUUUCUGAACGAGCUGAAGCUGCUGGUGCUGACAGGCGGGGGGCGGCCCCGGGCCGAGCCGCAGCCCCGGGGGGGCCGGGGAGGCGGCUGCGGCUGGGCGCCCUUCGCUGGCUGCUCCACCCGGGACGGCGACGGCGACGAGGAGGAGUACUACGGGUCGGAGCCCCGGGCCCGGGGCCUGGCCGGCGACAAGGAGCCGCGGGCCGGACCCCUGCCGCCGCCCGCGCCGCCGCUGCCGCCCCCGGGCGCGCUGGACGCCCUGUCGCUCAGCAGUAGCCUGGACAGCGGACUCCGAACCCCUCAGUGCCGGAUCUGCUUCCAGGGCCCGGAGCAGGGGGAGCUCUUGAGCCCCUGCCGCUGCGACGGCUCAGUGCGCUGCACGCAUCAGCCCUGCCUCAUCCGCUGGAUCAGCGAGAGGGGCUCCUGGAGCUGUGAGCUCUGCUACUUCAAGUACCAGGUCCUGGCGAUCAGCACCAAGAACCCAUUGCAGUGGCAGGCCAUCUCCCUGACGGUCAUCGAGAAGGUCCAGAUUGCUGCCAUAGUCCUGGGCUCGCUCUUCCUGGUUGCCAGCAUCUCCUGGCUCAUCUGGUCCUCACUCAGCCCUUCAGCCAAGUGGCAACGACAGGAUCUGCUCUUUCAGAUCUGCUACGGCAUGUAUGGCUUCAUGGAUGUCGUCUGCAUAGGCCUCAUCAUCCAUGAAGGCUCCUCUGUCUACCGCAUCUUCAAGCGCUGGCAGGCAGUGAACCAGCAGUGGAAGGUCCUAAAUUAUGACAAGACCAAGGACAUAGGAGGAGAUGCAGGGGGAGGGACGGCAGGGAAGCCAGGCCCCAGGACCUCACGGACGGGCCCCACCUCUGGGGCCACGAGCCGCCCCCCAGCUGCCCAGCGCAUGCGGACGCUCUUGCCUCAGCGCUGCGGUUAUACAAUCUUGCACCUCCUUGGGCAGCUGCGGCCACCAGAUGCCCGUUCCAGCUCCCAUUCUGGCCGAGAGGUUGUCAUGAGGGUCACUACAGUCUGAACUGGACUCCAGGAGCAGGGAUCUUGAGUCAAUGCAUCAGUCAGAGAAGAGCUCUCAUGGCUGCUGGAGGUACCAGCUGGACAAGGUGUUUGGGGCAUGCUGCCCCCGUCACCGAGGAUCUGUGUGGGUAGCCUCAAGCUGGAGACAUUGUCUGGCCUCACUGCCCACUGGGUAGAGACACCUGGAUGACAUUUCAGUACCCGCUGGCAGCUCCUCACACUCAUCCAGAGACGGCCGGUGGGCAGGCGGGGAGAGCAGCUUUCCUUCCCUGGAGAGAACCGUCUUUACCUCAGCUCCUAGGGCCUCCAGCCCCCCAGCUCCACCACGGUGACUUGGUGAAGGGGGACCAAUGCCAGAAGAAAGGGGCUGUAGACCCCUAUUCCCCACCCCAUGGCCACAGGGCAUCUGGCAAUAAGACUAGUAUACAUUGACCUCCCGUUCCCUGCAUGAGGGCGGGGACUUCCCCCUGCUCCAUCCCCCCAUUGCAUGGGGGAAGGGCAUAAAGAAUCAUUUAUAUGCA